GAGUCCUACGCAUUUUGAGCUUGCACACCAAAAAGAGCAGAGAGAGCACAGGCUAGGUGCACAGCAUUACGCGGCGGCAUAGCUAGGCACGACACAAUGAGGCGCCCCUACGCCAUCAUCGCUGCGUUCGCAAGCACUGCCAGCGGCUUCGCGACCGUCCCGCGCCGACACGCCACAAAACCCCUGCAGCACCCACUGCGAGCGGCGCCCGCCGAGGCAGACGCAACGGAAACACCGGAGCCGACGCUCCGGGACCUCGCGUCCUUCGCGGGCCCGGCCGUCGUUCUUUGGAUCAGCGGCCCCCUGCUCACGCUCAUCGACACGUCCGCCGUCGGCCUCGCGAGCGGAGCGAAGGACUCCGCGCUCGAGAUCGCGGCGCUGGGCCCCGGCGGGUCCGUGUGUGAUGGCGCCACGUACUUCUAUACCUUCCUGAACAUCGCCACGACGAACUUUUUGGCGUCCGAGACGGAGCCCGAGAAACGGGAACAGGUGGUCGCGCGCGGCGCGACGUUAGCGUUAAGGAACGGUCUGCUUGCUUUAAUUUGGCUGCGAUUAAUCGCGGGGCCGUUCCUGGCCGUCUUCAUCGGCGGGCAGGCGAGCGGCGCGCUCGAGGUGCAAAAGCGCGCGGCGACGUACGUUAGGGUGCGGGCCCUCGGCGCGCCCUUUCUCCUGCUGGGCAACGCGCUGACGGCGGCGUUGCUCGGCGCCAAGGACUCGGCGGCGCCGUUGAUUGCGCUCGCGGCCUCCGCGGGUACCAAUAUUUUGGGAGACUUCGUCGCCGUCGGCCUGUUGGGGCGGGGCGUGCGCGGCGCCGCCGAGGCCACGGCCCUGUCCCAGGUCGUGCAGGCCGUGGUCCUCGCGCGUUUGGCAGCGAAGAAGCUCGGGACGAGCGACGCGAAGCCGCUCGCCUACGUGCGGCGCCUACUAAGGACGCAGCGGCGGUUGGAAGGGCGGUCCUUCGCGGCCUUCGCCGGGCCGGUCCUCGUUCUUGUGUUUUCGAAGUUGCUUUCUUUUGGGGUCAUGACGUUCACGGCGGCGCGCUUCGGGUCCGUGCCUCUCGCGGCGCACCAGCUCACGCUCACGAUCUUUUUGCUGGCGUCUUUGGUCUUGGACGCCGUCGCGGGCCAGACGGCGCAGGCCUUCCUGCCUCCCCUAAAAGGCCGAACAGGGGUUCAAAAGCUCGGGCGGAGGCUCCUGAAGCUCUCGGCGGGCGCGGCGCUGGCCUCAUCCAUCACCGCUGGCGCGCUCGCCCUCCGGGGCGCGCGGCUGUUCUCGGGCGACCCCGCGGUCGCGUCCGAGCUCGCCGCCGUCGCGGCGCCGCUCGCGGCGAGCGUGCUCCUGCACGGCGCGAUCGCGCACGGCGAGGGCGUGUGCCUGGCGACGGCCGAUUUGAAGUUCGUCGGCGCGUCGUACGCGGUCUCCGGUGUGGUCUUUCCGGCGCUCGUCGGCCUGGCCGGGCCGAACGCGUUGCGAGGUGUCUGGGAUGCCUUCGUUGUCUUCCAGAUCGCGCGCGCGGCGGUCCUGCAGCUUCGCGCGAGGCAUGUGCUAAGGAAAUAUUAGGAAUAUUAGGGAUUAAAAAGUUACAUGGG